UAGUAAACUAGUUUGACCAGGGUUUAAGGCUAAAACCCUUGUGAAGCAGUAAAUAUGGAGAUAGACCUUGGAAAGCUUCCAUUUGACAUUGAUUUUCAUCCAUCUGACCACCUUGUUGCUGCUGCUCUCAUCACUGGUGACCUCCUCUUGUACAGUUACAAUGCUGAUUCUCUGGCUCAAAAGUUGUUGGAAGUUAAAGCUCAUAGUGAAUCAUGUAGAGCUGUUCGGUUUAUCAACGAGGGCCGUGCAAUUGUGAUGGGGUCUCUGGAUUGUUCUAUUCUUGCAACGGACGUUGAAACCGGCUCAGAAAUUGUUCGCCUGGAGAAUUGCCAUGGGGCUGCUGUUAAUCGAAUUGUUAAUACGAAAAAGUCAACUAUUGCUUCUGGAGACGAUGAAGGGUGCAUUAAGGUAUGGGAUACCAGACAACGCUCGUGCUCCAAUACUUUUAAUGCUCAUGAAGAAUACAUUUCAGACAUAACCUUUGCAGCUGAUUCCAUGAAACUAUUGGAAACAAGUGGCGACGGGUCACUUUCUGUUUGCAAUUUAAGGAGCAGUAAGAUCCAAACUCGCUCUGAAUUUUCUGAAGAGGAGCUGCUCUCUGUGGUAAUUAUGAAGAAUGGUAGAAAAGUAAUAUGUGGUACUCAAUCUGGAACUCUGUUACUGUAUUCAUGGGGAUUCUUUAAAGAUUGCAGUGAUCGCUUUGUUGAUCCAUCACCGAACUCUAUAGAUGCAUUACUGAAACUUGACGAAGAUAGAGUAAUAACUGGGUCUGAGAAUGGACUUAUCAGUCUGGUUGGCAUUUUACCGAACAAGAUUAUUCAGCCAAUUGCCGAGCAUUCAGAAUACCCUGUUGAACGUCUUGCCUUUUCUCAUGAUAGAAAGUAUCUUGGAAGUGCAUCACAUGACAACUUAUUGAAAUUUUGGGAUCUGAAUGAGUUGCUGCAAGAUUCUGAGGAUGGUGCAAAGAAUGAUUCAACUGCUGAAGAUAGUGAUACGGAUGGGAUGGAUGUUGAUAAUAUUCCAAAAUCUUCCAAAGGGAGCAAGAAGAAAAAUGUAAAGAAAGGGCAAGAUCCUGGGACUUCGAACAAUUUCUUUGCAGAAUUAUGAUACGAUAUUUCAUUGGUCUUGGAAAGGCACAUCCAUGGGUAUUCAAACAAAAAUUGUUCAUCAAUUCUGUCUUUUUGAGUGCUUCCUGGGUAGUUGGCACAUGAACUGAUGAUUGCCGGAAAAAAGGAGGUAUAAGUUAAAAACUGAUGUCCCAUCGCCUGCCCCUGUCCGUGUCCCCCCACAGGGUUUAGGAAGCUGAGGUCUAAUGAUGCGUUUGGAGAUGUGUGUUAUAUAAGUUUUUGGAGACUCCAUAGGUUAGCUUUCACUUAUUUGUUUGAGGGAUGUUGCCGCGAUAAAUAUCAGUUCUGGUGGUAGGCUCGUGUAGUAGUGGUGCCUUGAUUUUUAAAGAUUAUCCAUAUUUCAUAGUUGUCAUGUAAUGGAAUCUUAAUUCCUGUGUAAAAUGGUUUCUAUCUAUUGACCUCUGUAUUUGUCUGUUGGCAUCAGAUGAUGGAAGAUGCUACUUAGGUACCUAGGUUCAAAGAAUUCCUGCCAUGACCCAAUAGAGUGAUAGCUAGUACCAGCAGAUAUAACUUUAAACGCAAUAAAAAAAAAAUGAAACAUUCAUCUUCAACAGAGUUACAGAGACAAUACAUUCUCACUCCUAAUGAAUCAGAAUCAACAUGCUCAAAGCAGGAGCAGCACAUUUCUCUUUGAGACAUCAGUAAUUGAAGUAUCAAAGUUUAAUUGAUUUGAAAUUUUAAACA